CUUGCCAUACGAAUAUCAACAACUUUCGACUUAGGGCUGGAUUUUUAUAGUUCGGUUUUAUAUGGUCCGUGCCCACGCUAGACCGAAAGAGGAGAAAUGGUCGAUUCACUUGGGGUCGGCGAUAACGAUAAGAGACGUCAGUCGUUUUUGUUUUGACUCCGCGCGGCCAAGGCCAUAGUGGCAUCAAAUUCGAAAAGAAAAUGGCUCUGCCGAAUGGAACGAGUGUCUUGAACCAAAUUGUUAUUUCGCCUUCGGACACGGACUACCUUGACCAGCUCAUUCCCUCUAUCCGGGAGUACAGCGUCGGCAACCGAACUCCGCAGCUGCUCCAGUCCCUAUCACGCUUUGCAAGUGACAAAGAGGCGGAGAUUGAGGGUAUCUGUAACACAAAUCACCAGGAUUUCGUCUCCUCGGUCAACUCCCUCCUCCGGAUUCGUGAAGGCACCGUCACCCUCACUGCCGAGAUUCUCGAUCUCAACCAGUCGAUACAAACGAGUACGGAGCGUCUUGCGGAACAAAAGAAGGCAUUAGUGGAGUCUCGAAGUCAUCGACAGAAUAUUGACGAAACAUCGCGUGCCAUUCAAGAUUGUCUCGAGGUUCUGCGGUUGGCGAACCAGGUCCACGACCUGCUAGCCAAGAAGAAUCACUAUGCAGCAUUGCGGGCGCUGGAGGAGUUACAAAAUGUGCAUCUCAAGGGUGUCACGCAGUAUAAGAUCGCGGAAAUGAUUCAACGCUCGGUGCCUGCGACUCAGCGGGCCAUUGCGGAAGCUGUCAUGUCGGACCUGAAUACGUGGCUGUAUCGCAUCCGAGAAAUGUCACCCUUUCUCGGGGAGUUAGCCUUAUUCCACACGGAUCAACGCAAGUCAAGACUGAAGCAGCGCGCGGAGAAGAUGCCUUACCUUGAAAAUUUCAACCUAAACUCUGCUAUUGAGCUUGUGGCUGAUGAAGAUGAAGAGUACGAUCUAUUACAGAACGAAGAUCUCCAGGUACCGUUUGCACCUUUGUUCGAGUGCCUGCACAUUCACCAGUCCUUGGGGCAGAUGGACAAGUUCAGGAUCGAAUACGCCAAUACACGGCGUCGACAAAAAGAUCUGUUGCUUCCUGCGACCGUCACGCUCGUAGAUGAGGAUGGUGCCAGUCUGCAUAAUAUGCUGGAAGAAAUGGCGGGCUUUGCGAUUGUUGAGCGAGCAACGAUGAAACGAGUGCCGGAUUUGAGAUCCUCCGUUGAGAUUGACGAACUAUGGGACUCAUCGUGUCAGGCCGCGGUUGGUGUGAUUUCGAAGGCGCUGCACGAAGUAGACAAUGCGGAGAGCAUUUUGAAGACAAAGAAUCUGAUUGCACUGUUCAUGCAGACAAUGAACACGUGGGGCUUUUCCGUCAGAGUCUUUGACGAUUUCUUAUUGAAAUUAUUUGAAAAGUAUGCGGAGCUACUCAAGAGGCGGUUUAGCGAUGACUUCCAAGAGAUCGUGUCCACGGAUGACUACAUGCCUAUGCCAAUUCAGACCCCAGAGGAGUAUGACAAGGUGCUCAACGUGAGCUGGUACAGUCCUGAAAAGCCACGCGAUGAACAAGUUUUCCCAUGCAUCCUGCCAUUCUCAAGGAUGUAUCCAUUGUGUUGCAUCGACAUUCGGAACUUUUUGAACCAGUUUUACUUCUUUGCAAAUGACGACUUUUCUCAUCCGAACGUGAUUGAUGAGACAUUAAAGGAGGCGCUGGAUGACCUUCUCUCGCGAAAAGUUUGUGAUACUUUGGUGGAGCGUCUUUCCUCGCAGUAUCUCGGACAGAUUGUCCAGAUUCUGAUCAACCUGGAACACUUUGAACUGGCCUGUCACGAACUGGAACUUCUCCUGGCGGCUGCGAGGUCACAAAACUCGACCGGUGCCUCGAUCGCGCUCAGAGCCACCGAGAAAUUCAGAAGCAACAAAAAGGCCGCCGAGAAGCGAAUUUUCGAGGUGGUCAACUCCAAGAUUGACGAUCUCAUUGAAACGGCAGAAUAUGAAUGGAUGGCGCCUAACCCUCCCAGUGAACCCAGCAACUACAUGCAGACUUUGACACGAUUUCUGUCCAACAUUAUGAACUCCACCUUACUCGGGUUACCAACCGAAAUCAAAGAGCUAAUCUACUUUGACGCGCUCAGUCAUGCUGCAAAUAUGAUCUUGGCUCAACCUCUGGCACCCGAUGUCAAAACAAUCAAUCCUAACGGUGUUGCCGCACUGGCCAAGGAUGUCGAGUACCUUACACAGUUCGUGGACAGUCUGAACGUGCCUAUCCUGCGUGAGAACCUUGAUGAGCUACAACAAACGGUGCAGCUGAUGCAAGCGGAGAAUGCGGAUGAAUUUUACGAUAUUUCGACGCGUAAUAAGAAGUAUGGACGUGUUGAUGCCAUGCAGGGGCCUAGCCUGCUUGAGAAGUUGACUCGAACAGUCCAAGUACCAACCAAGGUGGACAAAUUCGUGAAUCUAUCAUCACGGUUCAAGAAAUCCUCAUAGUUCGGCAAGCACGCUUUAGCGUGUUGGGAGAGUUCUACUUUGCGGGCCGAGACAAUUAACUUGGCACUGGGAGGAUCGUCAGGCCUAGCUUUCCCAGAAUUUAGUCAAGUUUGAAGCAACCUCUAUAUAAUCGUGUCCGAUUAGAAGAUAGAUAUAAUGAACAAGAUCAACUCCAGUUGCGAUUCCAGAAGGGAAACACGUCUUCUUUCCCGCUUCCGACCGGAGGGAUUUAAAUUCGCCCUCAUCUGCCAGAAACUAGAAGAGAGAAAAAAACAAAUUGUCCAAGAAAACAAAGCCGACGAAACAUGAACAAGCACAGACAACCAAAAAGGCCAGUAUUCGCCGAAAAAGACACACGCAUAACUAUUGAGUCAAGAUAUUGAAUAACCAAAUGCGCCCAAUUUUAGUGGCUCACUGAACAAUGUUAGUCUUUCACUUCAGUCGAGAAGGGGUCGGCCGGAGGGUGAUACGAACCUGUUGAGGGGGCAUGUGAGGGUAGGCAUACAUCCCUUCGAACAUCUGAGGCUGUGGCUGGCCGUAUGCAGCCGUCGGGUCCUGCUGAACCGCACCAGGGUACAUGGCCUGUUGUUGGCGGUACUCCUGCUCUUGCGCCAUACCAUGCUGACCCAGAGAACCGUAGUCGGCCGGGCCCAUGUGUGGCUGGACACCAUGUUGGGCAGGAGGCAUCUGGCCCGGAGCUGCAGUCGGACCAGGGGCCGUGGCGCCAGCCUGGCUAGAGCGCUUCGCGUGCGAGGUGGCCUCCUCACGGGGAACGAUGUCAAUCAAAAAGUCGAACAUGUCCGACUUGGAGAGAGCAGCGGCGAUGUCGGAUCGCUGGAGAGUACGCCGCUUGUUAUCUUCGGCGUGGAUCCAGGCCCGCAUGGUCAAUUCGGUGAUGAAGAUGUCACAGCCCUUGGCAAACAAGAUGGGGGCCUCGGCGGAAAUCAUCUUGACCUCCGGGUCGGCCUUCAUCACCUUCUUGAUUCGAGCAAGAGGCAACUGGUGGAUCUUGUAGUCGUGAUUGUCUGUCUCCAGAUGGUUGAUGACAUGUUGCCAGUAGGUCGUCAAGAUAUCGCGAGCUGUGCCCUGCAGACCUUGAUUCACCUGAACGGGGGUGUCAGUGAUGGCGAUGCUGACCAGAGAACUCGAGCGAGCGACUCACAUUGGCCCAGGUUCCGGUAUACAGCUCGGCGACUGGAGCAUAACCUUGUGCAGAAAGCUAUUUCAAAUUCAAUAUCCAGUCAGCUUCGGGUUUCCCACGGUCUUGUUUCGAUCGAUUGUCGGAGGGCUUGGAUUGGGGGUCGGGCUGAAUUAGAUCAUACCGCUGCGCUAGCACCUGAAGGAAGUGUCAGUAUAGAACAAGAGACAAACGCGACAGUGAUAAUAGCCGUUCCGCAUGCUCUCAUAGGAAAUACACCCCAACCCGAUGCUAUGCGAUCGCCGCCUUAUCUCUCUGGGAGGGGAAUCAAGUACCGUAGUGUCCACCAUUCCUAAUGUCGUAAACAGGCUGUUGCUGCUGCUGUCUGCCUUGCUGCUGGCCACUUCCUUGGGGCGCCUGCUCCAUGAUGAUUCAAAUGCGUUGCGCGCAAGAGGACGUUGGGCUGAAUCGUAGUCGGGCAGGUCUCGGGGAGAGCUGCUUGGUGUGCUCCGAGGAUGCGACGCGACGGACGUCGGAUGGCGUGCCACGGAAGUAACAGAGUAUAUAGAAAUUGACGGAAGAUCUCGAAUGCGAUCGCGCAGACGGUAAAGACUCAACUAUAGUUUAGCGCGUUUCCUAGGUGCUAUUGUCGAAAGCGCGUCGGGACGAUUUCGUGGAGGAGGUGGUGCUCUUUCAGCUGUCUGACGUUCGGACAAGCCCC